AGAAAAAGUAAAACACCGUAUAUGUGCGCCAAACACUUACAUUUUUCAGUGAUAUUUCCAGAAAAAGUUAUAAAUUUAAUUCUAAAGUACAGUUUAAUAGUGCAAAUAUGCGAUUCAUAAUAUAUUUUAUAAAUAUAUUCAGACGUUUGUGAGAAAAGCGCGCUAUACUUCUUGCGUCGAAUGGGACAUUGAAGCACUAGUCUUUGACGCCAUGUUUAAUUUCUAACCAUCAGCACUCCUAUUAAAUUAUUGAAGGGGUGAGACGAGUAGGCCGGGUGGCAAGUUGUAGUGGAAUGAUUUAAGCAAAUCUCAAGCGCAUUUUGAAGUGUUGAAAGAAGCGCCGCAUUUAUAGCAUCAUGUGGGAUAAGGAGGCCUCACAAAUCAAAAAACCUGAGGACACCUCCGUCGAAGGAAACACCGAAAAUGCCACCUCACAAUACUUCAAAACAAAUAAUUUAACAGAAAAUGUUUCAGCGAGAGCAGAUAAAGUGGUGGUUGCAACAUAUGUUGUCCGAGAUGACGAUGAUUGCGCCAGUAAUAGAAAAAACGUAAAUGAUGGCCCAAAGUCUUUGGCCGCAGAACAAAGCGAUAUCGACAGUUUUCUGCCGAUUGUACAAUUAUGUGAUGGAACAUCGACAAGCUCCUUUUCAAAGAAAAAAGAAUUGCCAACAUCUGCAGUAGCGAUAGCAGCUGCAGCUAAGGAAAUAACUUUCGCGGAGGACUCAAUUGUAUCUUUUGAUAAUAAUGAAUUGCCAUAUAAAAAUAUAAAUGCAGAUACUAAAACUCUAUCCUCUAUGCAAUCUAAUAGACCAGUAAUUCCAUUAAAAUAUGACAGUCCAAUAGCCAGAAAAUCGGCUGAGAAUAUACAGGUUCAAAACGAUAAUGUGGCUGGUCCACAAAUACAGACUUUUUAUGACAAACAACUUACCCUCCAAGCAGAAGAUUUGCAUGCGCCAACAAGAGAAUAUUCUCCAGCAGUUUCCGUUGAAGAUCUCACAUCAGUGUCGGAAAUGCGUGCUGGUUCGCCCACCCCAUCAAGCAUUACAAGUGCUUCAACUCUCCGAGCCGCAAGAGGUAUGAGUGGACGUCGAACGGACUGCUUGCGACAUAUGAGACGACCACCCAAAGAACCUGAAGAAUACCUAGAUGCAUUGUUUCCGCAUAUACGUAAAACUCAUAUGCAAAUUCGUCAAGCUUUAUUGCAUACACCGCUUACAGAUGUUAAAGAUAAUGCAUUGCUAAAGAAAAAAAUGUUGGAGCUAAUUCAGAUUUACACUUGUGGUUGUAGAGAUGAAUUCGAGAGAGUGGGACCCUCGCUUGUACUCUGUCGUAGACUGAAGAGAAAUAUUAUACGACUUCUUGAUUUGUUUCAUGAAAUUUGUUCAUCUAGUCGUGAGGAUCGCGCCUAUUUGUACCAUAUUAGCCAACUAAUCGCAGUGUAUACUUCCCUUGAAAUAAGAUUGUCCUUUAAUUUGACAAGACAACAGAAAUGUGCGCUAAUUCACCGCAUAUCCCACAUCAUAAAUAAACAUUUAAUGGUUAAGAAUGAGCCUUUGGCCAAAGAGAACAUACUGCGAAUGUUCCUUCACAUGCCCGAUACAUAUUCAGCACGUUUUAUAAUGGAACCGCUUUUCAACACCUAUUUGGUAGAAAUCGCCACGAGCAGUAACACAUGGUGUCAAAAAGAAAUGCCAGAUAAGCUAUUUGUGCAAUACAUUAUAAUAUUGCAUAUAUGGAAGGAGAUGCUGCGAGAUCCACUUGAACAAGUAGAACUAAUUAACCGUGCCCAACAUUUUAUGUGCCCAACCAAGACGCUACAUGCAAAUCCAAUGUAUGCUAAUCAUCUACCAACGAUACACACACGCAAGCAUGCAGUUAAAGAUAUCUUAAAUAGUCUAAAAUUUUUUCAUGAUUUGAGAAAUGCAGCAAUUUGUGAUGAUACAUUGAAUGACGGAGAAGAUGACAUUGCAGUUGUUAUAGAUGAAGUUAUAAAUACGCCUUUUUGGGAUUUUGGUGCCACCUAUACAGGAGCAUCCAAACAGCCGAAGAGCUUAUACCGCAGAAUACCAGCAGCAGACCAAACCGAAUGUGUGGAUCUGACACAGGAAGAUGAUCAACAGUCAAUUUUUGACUCGGCAGAUAAACCUUUAGAAUGGCUUACUAAGCUGAAAGAGCAUGCAGCAGAGAGAGUGCAAGUUGAUGAGUCGGAAAAGGUUAUUUGCUUAGACUCUGAUUCCGAUGGCGAAUUGUUCUCUGGCAGUAUACUAGAUCCAUCAGAAUCAUAUCAAGAUUGUGAUGCUUUCGAUACCGAUUACACAAGUCUCGAUGGUGGCACAAGUGAUGAUAAAGAGUUAUCUGAAGAUGAGGCGCUAUCAGCAAAUGGAAUUACGCCCAAUUGUCUUAGAACUUACCUCGCGCCUAGAACUAAAAAUCAGAUCAGGUCAGAACCUUAUGAAAGAACAAGAGAUUGUGAUGGUGAGGGUGACAGCGCAGCAGUCGGUUCGAAAAAGUCGGCGGCUGUCUCAACGGCGGAACCCACAGUACCGCUCAUUGUUAACUCUUUUACCGUUAGGGGUAAACAAAAUAUGCAUUUGUUGAAUUCACCUCGGUUUAGCCUAGACAUUGGACCAGAACGUUUCGGGAAUGAAGAUAUAGAAUUUCACGAUGCAUGCGAUGAAAUGAGUUUAAACUUCAAGGCAACAAAAAAUUAUAAUAAACGUGCUGAUAGUGCUGUUGUUAAUGACGGUUCAGCUGGCCGUAGCGUUGGUGGCUAUUAUAGAAAAGAAGUUAACACCGAUGAUGAAGAAGAAGAUGAUGAAUACCAAUCCUUGCCAUCUACAGCAUCGUCAUCAACAACAACACUAGGCAAAGUUAUAUUUUCACAGGCGCUACAGCGGCCUAGUCAACAAUUCUUUACGGGGUAUGAGCGUGCAAACAGUCAUAAACGUGCAGAUAGCAAAGAGAAAACUGUUACAUUUAACGAACGAAACAAGGCAGAUAGCAAGAAACAAAUGCAUGGCCAAGACAAACCGGUCAAAAAACAAGUGAAAUUCAACGAUAACCCCAUUGGACCGACCCGUCGUCCCCAUACCAAAUUGCCGAUAAAACCAGCUAUACAUCUUAGUAAAAUCCAACCCAGCAGUCGACAGCCUAUUUUCUCAAGUUCACCCCAACCACGUUUCUCAUCACCGUCAUCUUCAACCUCUUCCACAAGCGAAUCACUUAAGCAAAUGGCACAAAAAGCUUUAAUUACUGCGAUACCAAACCGCUUACCUUCUUAUAUUUAUCUGGGCAAACUAAAAGCAAACUACUCUACCUUGUUCUAUGGAGAACGCAAAUCUGUAUUACCUACAACUAUUCAUCAUAUACCUGAGCAUAUCAACGCAAUCGCAACACUAUUUAGCAGUUAUAAAAUCUCGAAACCGACACCGGCCAGUGGCGCCGCAGCACGCAAUAGCGGCAGCAACACCACACAAUUAAACAAGCCUAAAUAUAAAGCUGGACCAAAGUCUAUGCAUAUGUCGCGUAAAACGACUGCAAUGUCGGAAACGAGUAAAUAUUCUAUGAACUCGCCACGGUCUAUCUGCAAUUCUCAAUCACCGACCAAAUCACCACGUAGCCACUCUACAUCACCGGCCAGUUUACGUGCCAGUAGUCCCGUUAUUAUUGCACCCGAGACAGCAGCUGAUCCGAAGUUGAAUAAGAAAUGCGUUGUGCUAAUGAAAGAAAAUGAGGAGGUCAUCAAGUAUAAGAGACAACAGGUCGCUUUCAUUAAUGAAUUGUUGGAGAAACAAAGAGAAAUGCAACGCCAGCGCGCACUAAAACGACAAGAGUUCCAGAAUAUCUUAAACCAAAAACGUAAAGAAGGUAAACGCUUGAAGGCGGAAAUUUCACAAAUUAAAAAGCAGCAAACCGCAGCGCACGAAACGGUUUUAGACACAGAAUUACAUCAACCACAACAAUCACCGACUAUUUUAAAUCGCAAACGCUUACUGGUUAGAGAAAGAAAUGUAACAUUCAAAACUAACACAAAAGUCCGAAGCCGUUCUACGACGCCCAACCGCUCAAAUGAUGAAGAGACGUCUGCUAAGGACAUAGAUACAACAAGUGCUGCUAUAAUGCAAUCGGUAAUAGGCGACACUUUUGAAUUGGCGGCUGAAGCUAUGCCUUUAAGCGAUGAAGCGAAUAGGACCUCUGUCGCGUUGAAAAAUAUAAACGUUGCACCAGUGUUGGACAAAAAAUCUACAACUUCAGUUCGUUCGACAACCGGAGUGGCAAAUGCAGAGCCAAAUACAUUAACGAACACGCCAAAAAGCAGAGUGCCGAGUACAUCGUCACGAAGUAAAGCAAUAAAAACUAAUAUAGCUGCAAUAUCAACACAAACCAAAGAAAGCUUGCCGAAAGCUGAAGAAUUGACAGGCAUGGAAAUAUCGGGAGCAGUAGUACCAACAACCAGUAAGACGAGUUUCAAGGAAAAACCGAAAAUACCGGCCCCUCUAGCGUUAGCAACAACACCACCGUAUACACGUUGUGCUAGAUCAAUGACACCCACACGUGGAGUUUAUAAUAUGACGAAGCAGUCCGAAAUGCAUACCGAACGAACUACAGAUAAUUUGUUAAUUAAUUGUUCAUCACCAUUAUCUACCCCCACAUCAUCUAAAACGCGUUUACAACGCGCGCCAUCAUUAUCACCGUCAAUAUUCAUGAAUCGCAAUCGUGUGGAGGUGCGACGUAGUAUGCAAGAUCCCACUAGUAACACAGACUUCCCUACAACCGGUUUACCCUCUUGGUUGCUAAAUGUAUCGCCGCGAAGUUUCACAAAAACAUUAAAAGUUCGGCUGAAACGUUUACAGCAUUCAAGUACGAAUUCUACAUCAGAGAAAUCACCUGAAAAAGAAACCAGCGAUAGAAUUUCAAUGCCAACUUCUGCCAAGCCAACUCUCUUAAAGGAACGUGUGGCUAACGCAACGUAUACAGUUGCUAACGCGCUCAUUGAAAAUACAGGCACGGCAACACCAGAAUCUCAAAUUGAAAAUAAUAAACAUGAGCGAGUGCAAUUAUUGAAACAAAAACUUAAAAAAGAGUUGUACGAAAUGGGUGAAUCUUUUGUACGGCCUGUCGAUACAAAAGAUAAAAACAUACAUCUGAAGUCAGCUAAGGAUAUAGCAUAUAAUCAAGGAACGCAAACAGCUGAAGGGCGUAUUAGCAAAGGAUCACGGCGAAAGCACACAAAAAAAACGCAACAAAGCAACAAAAAAUUAAAGGUUUUAAAAGUCAACAUCGAAAAGCAUACAAAUAAAGUGCAAUCCGAUUUGCGGACUAACGAAAGCCCAUGUGAUAAUGCUGCUGAUUGUGACAGUAAAAAUGCGAAGCCAGCGAAGGCAGAUGUUGAAGACGGCUUACAAUGUGAUAGGACUGAAGAAACGAAAGAACUAGUUGGUUUUACUUUAGCAAUUGAUAACAAUGAGCUUUGUCAUAAAGGUAGCACACUACCUAUUGAGUCUAGCGAACUUUUAGCGGAUAAAAUGCGUGGGCUUCAUAGUGAAAACACCGCAAAACAAAAACAGUUUUCCCCAGAGCCUUCGAAGAAUGAUAAACACGCGAGUAAAGAUGUCAAAAUUAUAAAUGAGCGCAAAGGACCCAACUCAAAUAAUUCCAUGAACGUUGAUUGCGACAAUGUUAACAAUAAAAAACACAAAAGAACUCAUAAACAUGGCGCGAUCGUUACGCAAGUUGUAGACGUUACACCUGGCCGUCAUGUGAAGGAUAAUCUUUUGAGCGAUUUAUUGCUGGUCGCAGCUACAAACCAAUCAACGGUGCUAAAUGCUAAUAACGUCUUGAACACUGCAUCUAAUUUAGCUAUUAUUGAACCGCCUGCUGCGGAGUUACCAUUGCUCGGUAAAGUUGUGGAAUCUAGUGCAAAGCGAUCUGUCGGUCCCGCUGCGUUCGACAAGUCAAAUAAUUUAAUGCCUGAAGGUAUUAAUGACAAAACGCAUAUUGAGAUAUCCGAGGAAAUGGCGGUUGCCGUUUCGGGUCUCACAAUGUUGGCGAAUAGACCGAUAACAACCGCAAACUCCGAAACCUGUAAAAACACGACUGAAUUCCGACUUGAAAAUGUGGACUUAAUCUUGCCAAAGAAAACGUCCAACGAAUCCAUUUCCUCUGAUUUGCAAUGUAUGGCUGAGCCAACGAUUGCGAUUGGUUUGAUUAACGAUACUCAAAGCCAUGCAAUGACGUCAGUCGACGCGUAUGCAGCCAUUGAUGAACAAAAAAAAAGAGUAGUUGAAACUUCUAAUGACAUCAUUGUAAAGCCAAAUGAUACAGGUGGCGUAUCAGGUGGUGAGGAGUCGAACAGUGAUUGUUUGUUAUUGCAAUUGUCAAAGCGUGUACAUAAAAUGUCCGAUUUGGAAAGUAUUGUCGAUGCCACCACUGUGCAUGUGAUUAAGGACGCCACAAUGACGCUGAUGAGUUUCGAAGCCACGCCAACUUUGCCAGCUUACUUGCUUAAUGGCGAAAGUCGUGAUGUGCCUACACCACCAGCAAUAUCAACACCAGCGCCGACUCCUGCGCCCACACCCACCGCCGAUUUAGCACCGGAGGCUGAACAGCCGAAGUCUGCACCGAUAUCGAUACCAACACCAGCGUUGCCGGAAAUAAUGAUAAAAGAGAACGCGCACGCCCCAUCGCCAAUAGAUCUUAUAAUAAGAGACGAGUUUACUAAACCAAACGACUCAACAGAAGCAACGGUUUCAGUUAAAGUAUCACAACCAGCGCAGAAACACAUGAUCUCUUUAGCAGAUGCACCUUUACAAGCUCAACAAGAGCCUAUUGUAAUUGGCGAAGGUUUGUCUAAUAACAGUUUGUCACCACCGCAAGAACAACAGCUUGAGGUAGAAGCAAAUUCCCCGGCACCGGCAAGUGCAAUAUCGACCUCCGAUCAUGAAGUAUCUUCAACCCAAGAGAUCGUUUACACGCCAACAAAACGUUCUAAUGCCAAUACUCUCAAUACCACCGCCGGAAUGUCAAUACCAUUACCCAACGAAGAAGAGGCGGCAAUGUGGGUACAAAAUAGUCAAAUAGACACAACACAUCACCUGACAGAAAGUUCAUAUUACAUGCGCAAGCGUGCGCGCAAAUUUUCCGAUGAAUUUACUCUGCCGGAAAAUAAAAAUGAAAGUUCUGCUAAAGACAUAAUAAAACAAAGACGUAAAACAUUUUCUUCUGAAUCAUCUCUAGCUAUACAAUUUCCAUCGAAUGCUACAUCAUUUACUAAAAAUAUUARAGAACUUACGAAUAGCAGUGCAACGGCUGGCGCCGGUAGCGGUAUAAAUAAUGGCGGCCAAAACAGUGGUGGUAGCUCACCAUCUACCACUACUGAGCCAACGGCUAAGCAUGCCCCACCACGUAGACGCAAUCACAUACAAAAACGCAACAAUUCACAAUCACCGCUAACAGCGCGGAGUCGCGCCGGUAGCAGUAUUGGUGAAUUGAAUAGCAGUUUUGUAUAUAGUUGUAGCCGUUUACAACCGACUAACGUGGAUAUGGUGGAUGUGGAACGUUGUGUGGUACUGCCAGCGAGCGCUGUUGUGCCACCGGUGAAUUUAGGCAACAUUUCGCGUACGUACUCGAAAAAUAACAUGUCUCAGAUUAAGGUGUUCGUGCCACCUGAUGUGGAAAUGUGUUUGGAAAAAGAAGAUACAGAAAAAGACGCCUUUAUAGCUACCACCACAAGUAAACGUGGUCGCCCAAAAGGCAGUGUCAAAAAUCGUAGUCGUAAGGAACCAAAACUCGAAUCACCUGAAAAAGUGAAAGCAAAAAAGGCCGCUGCAAACCUAACUAAAACUAAAGCAAUGCAAUCUAAGAACAAGCGCGAUAAUGCUGAUAGUCGUCCCAAGCUUAUAGAUUGCUCUUCAAAAUCAACAACCACAAAGGCGCCAACGCGUACGAAGCACGUGGAGCGUGCUCCCAAUCGUAAACGAAAAUAGCAUAACAACAUUUC